AUGCUGGGGGUGGGGGACGGGGGGACCCCCGUGCGGAGCUGGCGGAGACCCGGCCGAGGGGGCGUUGGCACUUUUCAGGAGCCGGCAGAUGCUCUGAGCCGACUUGCACCCUCCCCCAUAGAGGUCCGCAUCCUGGGGGAACAGGCCCGGGCCCCGGCCCGGGGCCUUAGGGGGCUGAGGUGUCUGUCCCUGGCCUGGGUGCCCCAGGCCUGAGCUGUGCGUGUUGAGGGGGCAUCCCCCCCGCACCUGCUGCUGCUGGAGCUGUCCCUGGAAAGUGUGUGUUGCGGUGAGGGGCCCCUGGAGGGCCUUCGCAGGCAGCCUGGGCUCCUGGACACCACUGUCUCCUUCCAGCACUGGCAGGGGGAGUGGGUGGCCCAAGCGGUUCUACACCAGGACCACCGGCUGCAGGAAUCAGAGCCGAGCCUCCUCCCCCAUGAGCCUGAGAAUCUUGCCAAGGACACCAGUGGAGGGGACUGCCCGGUCGAGUUGGAGCCUGGGGCCACGGAGCAUGCUGUCCUGGAGGCCGGAGGGCCAGCAAGGGCACUGAAGGGUGCAGGGACAGUGACCCUGGGCUCUGAGGAGGCACCAGCACAGGUAGGAAGGAGCCUUCUGCAGACAGGUCCUACAGGGUCUCUUGGAAAGGCUGGGCCAGUCAGCUCAGGGCUCGUGGGGUCACUGGGACAUGGGGGCUGGCCCAGCGGGCCCCAUGGAGAUUGCCCCGGGGUCUCCGGAGCAUGUGGGGUGGGUGAGCCUGGGGCCUGCGGGGCCACCGGGGUGGGGGUGCUGGUGGGUGUGGCGCUGUCCCUGGAGCCAGGAACCAUGCCUUUCAUACACCUUGACCACGAGGACCUUCUUGCCGGCCUGGGACGUGUUGCUGUCUUCCCGGUGGGAGGGCCAGAUCUGAUGGGCUUUUGGCUCUGGGGAGCCCUGGCCCCAUGCCAGGGGGCGGAGUAGUUUCUGCAAAGUCCGCUAGGGGGCAUUGUCUGUCGCGUGCUGAGCCUGAAGGCCCAGAGCAGCGCUUCGGGGCCGGGGGCUCAGUUCCGAUGUGUCUUUGGGACAGAGCGUCUGGCCAGGGCUGCCCUGGACACAGACCCCGAAGAGGUAGAGACAGAGGCCACCCUGCCCCUCCCUGGCCACUCCCACACCCUGUCCCCAGACAGUACAGGCAGUGACUGGGGGAGCAUGACGCUAGAGGAGGUCCGAGGGCUGAUGGCCACCCUGGAGGACCCCGAUGGGGAGGGCUGGCCGCCUCCAGAGCUGGGGACAGAGAAGCCUGAGGGGGAGUCUGCACCCAGGGCCGGGAGGGGCCCAGGUGGCUGCAAGCGGAGGCGUGCUGGCCGCGAGCGGUCCCUGGAGCUUCAAGGCCGGGCGGCCCAGCAGGAGGACGCCGUGUGCUGCAGUGAGCCCUGGCCCUCUCCUUGCUGGAUCCCCUGUGUUGGAGGCAGAAGAUGGGCUCCCAGGUGGGGGGCACCGGUGGCCAGGCCUGGCUGGUGGCGCAUGUGGCCUCUGAGCAGGAUGGGGCUGGCGACCCUGGCCCUCAGCUGUCCCCCCCUCCUCUCACAGGCACGCUCUUUGGGCAGGGGAGCAGGGUGCCCCUCCCUGUCGCUUCAGGACGGCUACUGGCCCCCCAACGCUGACGGCCACAAGGUGGUGUGGGCACUCUUGCUGGCGGGUGACGACAGGCAGGGCCGUUGAGGCCUGCGGGUGCCCCCUCUGCGGGCCCGGCACUUGCUCCUGGGCUGCCUCCACCGGCCCGGGAUCUUGCAGUCCCUGGCACCCGGCUCCCCGCGGCGCACAGCCCUGCUGGCCCCUCGGCUGCCUCCGCUGCCCCUGGGGGCGCCCCUGCCUCCGGCUGCUGUGCGUGGACAGGUGGGUGCCCGCACGGAGGGCCAGGGCUGUGUCCCCGCUUGGGGCCGACCCAGCCGCCAGGGGUCAGCAGAGCCCGGGAGGAGGGUGGGCCAGCUCGACACCGCCCACCCCGGCCCGACCUAG